CUGAUUAUUUAUUAUUAAUCAUUUAAUGGCAAUGCUGAAAAUUAAUAUAGACACGCGAGAGAGUGGAACAACGCUAAUUAUAAUCGCCCAGUUCCACUCGGUUAUUUUUUUAUUGAUUGGCCGUGGUGCGUGAAUAACUUACCGCGUUUGUUCUAUCGAUUUUUUCGUGCUUGACCAGCCCAGUAAAUGAUAGCGUUAGUCGAACACGGAGUCUAUCGUUUGAACCUUCAGGCAAACGUUGUCGCGUCGAAGCGAAAAGAUUUGUAAAAAUUAAUAUAAAAGUGACAACAGUUAUUUUUUAAGAAUAAGUUUGUGCGCGAUUCGUCCGCAUUUUGUAGUCUUGAUUUAGGUAAGUAGAACAAGAGGAACAGGUGUCGACGCGAGCGCGAGAACCGGCUCGAAAAUAACGCAAGUAUUUUUUUGUGUUUUUUUUUAGACUACACGAGAACAAGUUGCUCUUUUGUCGAUCUGUCGUCGCACAUCUGAUCGCGCGCUUUAUUUAUAGAAACACGAGCGGUUAAAUUUUUAAUAUAUUCUCAUAUAUGUCACGCGGAGGCUAAAUAAUGCCACGGGACAGAUAUGACACGAUUGUACGAAUGUAACUUUGUAAACGACAGCGACAGUGACGUGAUCGAGUCGUACGAGUGUACAUCCGAAUAUUGUCUGUAUUGUCGUAAUUCGCAGUGCUGUCUAAUACUGCAACGGCGACCACCACGUCACCUCUGGGAGGCCUGGUACUUUUGGUUCGGCGUUGCUUUGCUCGCUGUUUUCCUAAUUUCUUCGGUGAGCAGCUACAUAGUCAGUAAUCACAGACGUAAUAUUCAAGGUACAAUUCCGAUCGGGCAAAAUAGCCAGAAUGUCGACGAUAAUAGGCGGAAUGACCGGGAGAUCAAUCAGCCGAGAAAUAAUCAAGAUAAUCAGAUAUCUAUAAGCGUGAUCUCCUCGACGUUCUUGCCGCAAAGAAAGAUGUUGAUAAUCGAUGCGCAGCCGAGCAUCAUGCAUAUGACACCCGUCGUUGCGUAACAAAGCGCCACUUUGCCGGUUGCGAGACCGAAAGACUUGGGGAAAACGUGACGUUCUCUCUUCGCGCAACGCUUAUAUAUCUCUCGCAACACGAUAAUACGUGCCACCGGCACGCAUAUAAUCGCUACGUCUUCUCGUCUCUUCGGUGAAAACGUCGUAGUCUCGCUCUAUUACGGAGACUCACGCAACACUUAACUCUCGAAUGUACUUAUUUAUUUUUUCGCUCACGUGUAACAGCCGGUAGUAGCUCUCUGGCUGUAAAAUGCGCCACGAACAUGAAGAAUACUUCCGAUAUAGACGCGAGAGAAACUUUAUUUUUCGAGGUAAUGAAUAUUUAUUUUUUUAUAUGAAAAUUCAUGUCAAUUUGCGGAUCGAAUAAAUCUCACUCUAUUUUUUGAACAUGAUAAAGUGCUCAAGAAUUUUAUCGAAGCGCCUUAACUUCGGACAAACUUUACAACAUAUAUAUAAUUUUGACAAGUAUUUUCGGUAUUUAUUUUUAUCUGAUAUAUUUCGAUAAUUUUCAAUUAAUUUUCUCUCAUAUACGCAAAAAUAUGAACACAACUUUCCUACAACAGAAAAAUCGUAAAUUGAACGAAAAUAUUGAUAACUCCGAACGUUCGAUAAUGAAACAUUCAGCUUGGAGAAUAAUUUUUUUUAAACGUCGCCGUUUCAAGAAUCAUCGAUUAACCGUAAUCACUUUCCAUUAGCUCCGAUGAAAGUGGCGGCUCCGACUCAUUCAUGUCGUUGACGAUAAUCUGCCGAUCAAAUUCACGCAAAGAUGUAACGACUCGCACGCAGCGUGCGUAUAUAUGUAUAUGUAUAUGUAUGUGUGUGUAUAUAUAUGUGCGUGAAAGUAACGACAAUCUUUCUCGAAGUUAUUACGGCAGAAUUAUAGGCCUCGGGCCCGCGAGCUCUCGCCGUGAUUUCGCCCGAUCGAUUUAAACGAUCAACGCGCGUAUAUAUAUAUACAAUAUAUAUGAGUAUCUACGCCGACGAGUGUUGCCGAAGAAAGAAUAUAUAUAUUCUUUCUUCGGCAACAUCUCGUCGGCGUAGAUACUCUCAGAGAACGGCGAUAAUCAGAGGAUAACGACGCAGCCUCGCGCAAACCUGGCAGCAACAACCUGCUCGAAAACUCGUUCUUCGCAACUGGGCGCAAUUCUCCGAUAAUUAAGAGGAUGCCCGUGCUCCGGAUUAUUGUGUCCUAGGGACGAGAGGACGAGAGAGCAGAGUGAGCAGAGGCUAAUUAAAAAGGACGGUCCAGCUCAAGAUGAUAGUUUCUUGCGCGAGCGAUAUUAAGGAGAGUUCGUUCUUUCAGCGAAGACUUUUGACAUUUACGCGAAUUGUUACUUCAUUUCAUUAAUUUAUACGUGAAGAAUUGAGAAAAAACUUGGCGCGAUUAUUUCGCUUUCAAAUUUGUACAUUUUUGCGAUUUCUUAUUGUAGUAUUUUCCAAUAAUGUUUUAUUAGGAAAAUAUGAAAAUUAU